ACGGGGGGCGGGGCGGCCCGCGGGAGUCCAGUGGAAGGUCCGCGGGAGGACACGCGCCAGCGCCCGGCCCCGGCCCGGGUCCCGCGCCCGCCGUCGCGAAGCUGCCUCGUCGCCGGCCCCGCCGCUGCCGCCCGCUCCGGCCCAGCUCCGCCGCCCACCCGCCUCCGCCUCGCCUCCGCCGGCCGCCCCGGAACCGUCCGCGCUCAAUAAAACCUUCUCCAAAGCGUGUUUGUGCGAUUGUCUGGACCACGGUCGCGUAGAACCGGCUCUCACGUCAAAAAAAAAAUCUUUGACUUCUCGUUUUCUGACUUCAGCGACAGCCCUGCUCCGGGUGCCCUUAGCCCAGUUUCAUUCAUCCAAGUUGUGGCCUUUUUUGCGCCUUCCGGAAGAAAUUUGGCUCCCUCUGCUUUUGAUUGCUCUUGAGGUAGAGGAUUUCAGGUUUGGAGGGAUGUUAAGCGAUCCUGCAGUCCGUUCACUCCAGGUAACGCUGUGGCCGAGGACAGGGACCCGCGGCCCGGAGGCAGCUCUUCGUUCUCUGUUCUGGGUCAGGUACUCCUCAAGCCGUCGCCGAAAUCCCCAUUCUUCCGUGAAUUCGGUAACGUAGAGUGUGGUGUGUGCUUUUUUUCCUCUCCCCCCUUCCCUUCCAGGUAUAAUAAUAAAAAUGAUAAUAAUUCGAUGUUCGAACUUUGGGAAGAUAGCUUCCUACAGCGCCAGAGGCUUGGGCACAUUCCAUGUUUUGGGUCAGUUUUGAAAAGGAGCUGUUAGGAAGUUAAGCCUGGGGUCUUGGUCCAAGCGCUGUUGAAACGCUGCCAAUCACAGAGCAUUAGAAAAUCGUUCCGUUCUUUGCACACUGUAAAGUGGAAAAGACACCAGUGUCUCUCGAUCAGGUCUGGAGAGUCUGGUCAGGCAUGCCAUUGUGUCCCCAAGCUUGUUCUCCCUGAAUUUGGGGGAGGGUAAGAUUGCAUUGUUUAGCCUCCUGAGUAUUGCCCCUUUCUUGGCCCUCUUUCCUCUAUACUGAAAUACACUGCUUAAAGAGAAUGGGAACAAUGAAGAAAAGAAAAGCACAGUAUUAAAAAGGAAACAUUUAAAAUUAUGUGGCAGUUUAAGUCCUCCCUUUAAGUUAUGCGUUUUAGGAGCUAUCAGAACCUGGGAAGUGGAGAUACUGAAAUUUAUUUUGUUUCACCUUGUUUUAGGGAGAAAACAAGUAUCAUUAAACAGUCAAUGUAUUUGAGUCAACGUAUAGACAUAGUAUUUGUUCAUUCCAUAAACCUUUGGAAUGAAAAUUCAGAACUCUUCUUUGUCUUUAGCAUAACUGCCAAGUACUGUACAUUUGUUAACAGAGCUUCAAGUAUGUUAGUUAAAUGUAUUUCCUCUGUGUUCCUUUUUUUUUUUGUAUCCUGUAACAACCAGGAUUCACAGUCUUUGGUGUGGAUCAUACAUUUUUUACUCCAGUUCAGAUAAGCCACAUAGUACAGUGUAUUUAAAAUAAUAAUUCAAUUAACCUUCCUUGAAACCCUGGCGAGGUUGGGCAGGGGCCCUUUGCAAAUAAUCAAGGUGAACUCCUCCCUGGAGGCGGAGGCCUCCAUGGCUACAGAUAAGGACAUUGUAACAAUGAUGAAGUUGUGUUGAAGAGAUCCUUGACCUAAAUAAAGUAAGAUUAAACAACAAAAAAUUUCUAUUUUUGUAUUGUUCAUAAAACCUGUUUUUGAGUAGGUUGUUAAUGGGUAACAAACACAAAGACUUACUGGUUUUGAACAGUUUUGCUUGCUUUCCAUUUGGGGAAAUUGGAUCCUAAAAUAAGAUCCAUACUUUGGGGGAAAUGAAUGAAAAAUGCCACCAUGAGCUUGUAUAUCUCUGACAGGCUUUGGGGAAGCCUUCCUUCUAAUAUGCAGUGGUUUGCAGUUCCGCUUGCAGGUAGCCUAUUCUAUGUAACUCCUCAACUUUAAGACGCAUAUCUUUUAUAUUUUUAGAUUCUGAAAUGUAUACCUCUUACGGUGUACCCCUUGAUGACUUAUUUUCCUUUCCCACCUUCCUCAGAUCAUUUAUGUAUCUUGGAAUUGAGGAAAUAUUCUUUGUUAGACAACUCUUGUAAAAGAUGUGGAAGUUGCAGUCUUUUCUUGGAUUCCCAGAGAGGUUUUCCUGUUUCUUUUUUGUGGUACUCUGUAGGCCUGAAGAGCAUUCCUCCUCUCUUUAGGGUGAAAACUGAGCAUAGAAGAGAUUUAAAAUUUUAGAUGCAGGUACUGUGUUGAGGCUCUCACAGCAUUUCUUGUGUUAAAGACUCACUGCAUUGUAGCACAGACUCUUGUGGGAGUCCCCAUUGGAAGAUUUCAGGGUGUAGUAUAUAGAAUGAAUCUUUAUUGAACUACAUACAAUUGUGUGUUAGUCACUUAGAAGUUUCAGUUCUAUCUUUUUCUCAGUUUGCAAUUGGAAGUCCAUUAUAAUGAAUCGCUGCUUGUGUUGCGCUUUCAAGUUUGUGUACUAACGAAUGUAGAUACCAGCCCUCCCAAGAAGAAAUUUAUUUGCAGGUACCAUUUAGCUUGAAUUUUAUUAAAACGUGUGUAUGUAAAGUUGUCUUUCUGUAUUCCCCGUUUUUAAUUUAGCGUGAAAAGUAGAUAAAUGUGGUUAGUUCUGAAAGUUGAUGCGGUAGAGUAAUGGAUGUUGUGAAACCAGACUUUUAAAGGUGAUGACUAAAGCCAUUUGAAAGGUGGUUGCUUAGACCAGUUGUAGAUUGUUAGGUAUAAGUGUCUCCAGAAUAAAAAGGUAUUGAAAAGUCUUGUCAUCGGUCAGCAUCGUAAGAGUUUUAUUCCUUUCUGGCAAACACAGUUUUCAAGGCUGUAGUAUGGAAGGACAUAGCUGUAGAAGAAAGAUCACAAGCUGCAGGGUUCCAGGCAGUCUCAAUUCAGCAUAUGGAAAACCUUUUCUAACAACUGAAAAAGUAACGAAUUGCCUGUGAGAUGGUGAGUUAUCUCUCCACCUCUACCCUGACCUCUUGCAGUGGGAAUGUUUAGGUAGAUAGAGGAGGAGGGGUCAUGCAUUUGGUAGGUGAGACAUGACACUGAGUUCUGAGGUCCCCUGAGAGUUUGAGAAAUGGCUUGUCCUUUGAUUUCACUUUGAAAUUUGAUUUAACACAUUGGUAUUUCAUUUCAGCUAGGUAAAAGAUAGAUUGAAAAGACAAUUUUUGAAUUUUAAAGCCACACACUGUGUUGAAAAGCUGUGUGAACUUCGUAGAAAAUUUUUACGUUUGGGAUAGGCUCAGGAAGAGGAAUUUUGAGGUUAAAAAAAGAUCUAUGCAGGACAUUUAUAUAUUUUGGUUACUUAGUUUAGGAACACUUUAUCAUGUCUUAGCACGUUUGCCCAGAGGAUGAUCACAGUUGGCAUAUUUAGAGUUGUGAAAGCCCUGGGAAAAUAUUUUUUCCUGAAGUCUUCUCAUUGCUACUUAGGAAUUUUUACAUGAAGAAUUAAAGGUUAAUGGUUUAAAUAAUAAUUAGUUUAAUUCUAAAUGAAUAUAGGUAUGUACAAUAAAAUAGCAUUUAUAUAUCCUCUGGCAUAAUUUUUCAAAUAAGAAUAAAAGUAGAUAGCUACUUUGGAAAUCAAAUUCUUUUUCAUUAAAAGAGAUUUCACAAGUUAUUUUAUGUUUAAUAUCCUUCAUUUUUAAUUUCAUUGAAAAUCAGAUUAUAUUUUAAAUUUUACGAUAACAUUGAAUUAGUUCUUUGCAAGUAAAGAGUUUUACGAUGUACUGAGUUUAAUUUAUGACUUGGGUUUAUAAGUUUAGAAAUAGGAGUGUAGUGAUAUUCCUAAAACUGUGCAAAGCAGUAGGUUUUCUGAUAAUGCAGUGAAGAGUCUCUUCUGUUUCUCCUCAGUCAAGCCUUUUGGGUUAGAAAACCUGGCAAAAGUUGUGUACUCUAGAGUUGUGUCCCAAGUUUAGGAUCUUGUGAAAGUAAUUGCUACAAAAUGUUUGCAUUUUAGAUACUUUUUGUAGGCAUAGGGUCUAAUAAUGAACUCAAGUAUGGAACUGGCCAACCUUAGGUCAUUGUAGCUUGGCUUGCUUGGCAACAUUUGAUAACUAGGACCUAGUGAUACUUUUGUUGUCAGUUGGUGGCAGACAGAAGUUCAAAUGGAAACAUAUUUGUUCUAGUUGUCAGAUGGCUAAGUUAGUCUCUUUUUCCUUCUGUGAGCCCUCCCUUAACAGCUUAGCUUGUAUCUUUAAUAAUCACCCUUUGUGUUUUGUCUACUUGAAAUCAGGCAACUUAAAAUAGUUAUCCAGUAACGAAAGACUUGAGCCUUGUGGGCAAUGUUGUACUUUCACUUGGUACUAAAGUUUUCUUGGGUUACAGCUUAUUGCCGCAGCAAGUGAUUGAAGAAGGAGUCCUGUUCCUGCCCCUGAGCUUACAAGGAGUGGCUUGGGGGUAAGGAAACCUUCCUCACCAGACAUGGUUUGUAUGUAUGAAGACUGCUUGUCAGAAGUUUGACAUUCUGCACUAAAUUCUUUGGUUAUUCGUGACUCACACAUUCAGUACAGCUGUUUGUUGCUUUUUAGAAUCUACAUGUUUCAGAUGCAGACUGCUAUUGAAUCUUCUCACCUUUAGAUUAUAAAAUCACUUUAAAGAAAACUAAGUGUGAAAGCAUUGAGGAAAUCCUGAAGUAAUGUUUUUCAUCUAGUACCUUCACUGUAUUUGUAGUUCAGGUAGAAUUUGUCUGUUCAAGAUGAGGAAUACAUCUUUUUAGUGGAAGGCAGUUCUGAACCAACAAGGAAUGUUACCAACACAUGUAGUUAAUCUCUUAGGGGAAUCAAAUUUAAGGAAUUAGUCAGAUUUAAAGAAAUCAUUCAAAUUUAAUGAAUAUUUGGUAAGUUCUCAAUUUAUCUAAAGGAAAAACUACCCUCAGAAGUUCGGAAAAAGACAGUUAAUCCAGUCCUGUUAUCCCUGUUGUACUUAGAGCAGGAGUUGGCAAACUAUAUGGUUCACAGGCCAAAUCCAACCUGUCACCUGCAUUUGUAUGGUCUGUGAGCUUAAGGAAGGAUUUUACAUUUUUAAAUAGUUGGGAAAAAAUUAAGAGUAUUUUAUGAAAGUUAUAUGAAGUUCAAAUAUCAGAGUCCAUAAAUGCAGGUGUUUUGGAACAUAACCCUAUUCAUUUGUUUAUAUUUAUUAUCUGGUCCUUUACAAAAAAAUUGCUGAUCCCUUAUUUACAGACACAUGAUUUCCUAGGUUCACCAUUUCUCUUAGCUUCUUACGGUGCUGUUUUCUGAGAUUUCUGCUUUGAUUCCUUCCUUUCCCUCCUCUUUAUAUACUGUACCUUUGCCUUCAUGUGGUUUGACCUUCAUAUGGUUUGCCUUUUUUUUGGUAACAAGUCAAGAACUCUGGCAUUUUGUACUCUUCUGUGCUGGUUAUAGCCUCCUGGAUGUUCCCUUGGGUCUGCAAACUCAAUGUGGUUCAAACUUAAUGAGUUGCCUACCCCAAAACUUGUCCAGCUUAUUUCUGUUUGUAGCUUCUGUUUUCUAUCACAUGUGGCUGAACCAAUCCAACUCUUUGUUCCUUCAGUCUCAAUCCCAUAUAGUCUCUUCUCUGCCCUAGCUGAACUACUUAUGUUUCUUGCUUGGAUUCUUGCAGUUUCUUAGGUGGUCUCUCUAACAUAUUGCUGGGGGGGAGGAUAAUCAAUCCCUGUAAAUAUGCUUUUUGGAGUGCAAGAAUAUAAGUUCUUGAGAUACUUUGAAAGAAUUAAAUUGGGAUGCAUUUUUAAGGAAAUAACACAAACCAUUGUCACAAAGCAUUGUAUAAUGAUGCCUUUUUGAUUACAUCAUUACCGUCCCAUAUCAGUUGAUUGUGUCAACACCAUUGCCAAAUUACAGCACAUUCAGAAAUGUGCUCUUUUUCAAAGAUAUUCCUAAUGAAGUCUGGCAUCCAAGGCCACCUGUGAUAUGACUCCAGUCUUUUUUUUUAACCUCAUCUCUCAAUUUCUUUCAUUCUCCAUUUCGUAUAGUACUAAGUAAAGAGAAUUGCUGUAGAUCCCUAUAAAUACCAUUCCCUUUUAUUUCCUUCGGUGCCUGUGUCACACUGCUUUUCUUGGAAUGCCCUCCUGUAUUACCCCAUCAUCUCCAUGAAAACAUGCUUCAAGUUCAUUUUAACUCAUGUGGUACAUGAAACAAAUAUUGAGGACCUGCACUGUUACGAGUAUAAUAUUUCCUUUGGACUCGCAUGGUGUGUUUCUGUGUCUUAUCACAUGGACCACUUUCUACUUAGUAUUACAGUUAAUUGGUGAAUGUUUCAUAUCUCCUUUGGUAGGUUACAUGUUCUUGAGGGUCAGGUCUGUUUCAUUUCUGUCCUCUGCUCUGCUUUGCACACAAGGUUGAUGUUCACUUAGCUGCCUUAUGGGGAUUCCUCUUCUAUCUGUCUAAAACAGUUCUUGAAUGUGAGAUAGCAUGCUGACCUCUUGUGCUAGUAAGUUGCUUUCAAGUCAGUGCACUUUGCACUGAGAGAGUUGUAUGCUUAUCAGAAGUUGUGUUGGUUUCCAAGACUCUUUCAUGGCAGGUAAUCUUGCUUUUAUAAUAAUUUAAAUAUGUAAACUGAUGAAAUGAAUGCAAACUUUUUUUUUUUCCUGAAAACCAAGUUGGAUUCUUUGGAAAAACUUGAUAAAGGUGAGUCACUAAAAUAACGGCUGUAGAAUUAGAUAUGGCUGUAAUAACAAAGUUUUGGAGGAAGAAUAGCAAUAACCCAGGAUGAUUCUGUAUGUAGACUGCUUUACAAGAUUUCCUAAAGCUUUCCACUUUAAUGAAACUGGAAUGGAGAUUGUAGAUGACGCAUUUAUAGAUACAGUUUAGAUCAAGCAGCAGGAACUUCGGUCAGCAAGGAGCUCCACAUCAUCAAUCCCAUUCUCCAAGUGCUUGACCCCAUAUUAAGAUUGGCAAAUAUGUUUAUGUGUUAAAUGUAGAUAAAAUGUUAUGUAUGUAUGAUUUUUUGAUUUCCUAUUUUAGCCUUAAUCCCUUUUUUACUUACUACUUUUGUAUAUGAUUGUUUUGGAUACAAAGGCUUUUGCUUCAGUAAGUGCUCCGAUUUUUGUUUUCUAAAUGAAUGGAAGAAAUUAAGAUCCGAAAUGAAGAUCCUGGUUGUGUUAUGUUGGAAUAAACAAAGAACUGACUCUGGGACAGCAGGAAGAGCUUUAGAAACAAUGAACCUGGUUUUGGUUCCUGGCACCUACAUCCUAGGAGUCUUAACCCUCUUGGAUCCUCAUUUCUGUCUGUAAGAUGGGAGUGAUCCCUCAGUUGGAGAGUCUUUGAAGAUAAAAUGGUAACACGACCUUAGAGGUAGUAGGUGUUCAGUAUGUCAUUAAAGUAGCUUUGUGAUCUCAGGCAAGUUUUCAAACUUUAUUGUGUAGUUUUCCAUUAUUCCCACUUUCUUAAUGAAGAGACUCCAAAAGAUAAAUUUUGUUAUGUGUAAGCUACCAGAAUCCAAGACUGAAUCAAACCUGGAAUAUAGUACUUGCUCAGAAAUUUUUGUAUUAGUGAACAUGAGCCAUACUGCAUCAUAGCUUGCAUGCUAAUUAAGCAAGGUCUAGCUUCUGCAUCCGUGAAACGUAGAAUGUGUGUGUGAGGGAGCCCAUGAAUGAACUCCACUGCUUGGAACGGCCUCUGUCAGACAGAUGUGCAGCAUUUAUUCAGUAGCUACUGGCCUUUCCCAGUCUGAGUGCAGUGGGGUUCCUCAUCAACAACUAAACUGUUUGCAAGUGGGCUUUGUGUUCAUCUCUCUCAUCUGACCUUGUAUAACUAGUACUUAGGUUUAAUGUGUUCUUUAAGUGAGAAGGUUGGGAAAAGUGAAGAACAGGAAACAAUCUAAAGAAAAGAAUUACUUUAGAUAGACUAAGUGUCCAGGUGAUUUGAGGCAGGUGGAGGGAAAACUUAGUAUUUUAAUCUUCAGUAAAUGUUUGAUUGCUAAUUGCCAAUUGCUAAAUCUUUAGGGAUGACCCUUUUUCAGUAAAAUCAACACAUGGAGCAGAUAGAUCAUAGCCUAAUUGAUUGCUGCUACGUGAUAUCUUCAGUUAGUAUUUUACUUUUCAUUUUUGAUGGAGCAAUGUAUUAUAAAACUACAUCUUUCCUUUUAAUUGUUGAUUUUGAGAGAUUUUUUUCCACUCCUAUUGGUACAGAUUUUUUCUUAUAAAGGAAUUAAAAUACAACACUAUUAUUUUAUUUUUUAAACAUCAUAGCAUAUGUUGCUGGAAUGUAUAUGUUUCAUUAACAUUAACAUGUUAACAUCAUUAACACGCUUGAUUGAUUUUUAAAUAAUUGUCUUAUAAGCCAGGGGUACCUGUGAUCCAAGUCAAAAAUAAGACCAUUUACAAGAGAAUGCACAUAUUGUACUGAUGUGUACUUAACUGUCAGUUUUUUAAGUCCAACUUUGUUUCAGACUUAAUUUGUGACUUUUUUUCUACCUGAUUAUUUUACUCUGAAGCUGCAUAAUGAAAUAUUGGGUGAUGUAGGGUAUUGGGUGCUGUAUGAAGCAGGGUUGAGAAAUAUGUGUGUGUGUGAGUGUAUAAUAGUGGAUGAAGAAACAAGAAUGUGACCAAGAAGAUCGAAUAGUAAUGCUGCUAACUUUGAAAUCAUUUUCAUUGUGUUUGGAGAUGGCAAUGUGAAGUGUAAAUAUAUUCAUGAGUUAAUGAAAGCUGUUUAACAAAGUUGCCUAAGAAAUAGAAAGGUUACAUGUUGAAUUCUUUUGACUACGGUGUUUUAAAAACUGGGUAAGUAUGAAUCAGCCUUAUUUUGUCAUAGUUUGGAGUGUUGUAAUUCAAGACUGAAAGGAGUUAGGUGGGCCCGUGGUAAAAUGGUAGAGCUGCUAGGGGUGGGGGGAAGGUAGGUGUGUGUGUGUGUGUGUGUACGUGUGUGUGGGUGCACACAUGCUUGUGGUGCUGGUGCUUACCACUACAGUCUAUUAUUGCCAUGGGGAGUGUGGGCCAGGUUUUGCCAGCUUGUCCUUUUCUAUCCUAUUCUUAGCCAGAAAUCCAGAUUUUACAGGAAGUCUGAUUUUUAAGAUGUCGCAAGUAAAAAUAUUUAAGUACCAUGGACCUAAGGAAAUGUAUCUGUUGGUCAGGUAUGGCUGCCAUCUUGUAAUUUCUGAUUUAGAUGAUGGGCUUGAGAUGUUCUUUAAAGACAUCCUUAAUUGCCUUUAGAACUCUUUUAGCAUUUAGGUUACAAAAAUUGCUGCUCACACAUUGACAGAACCCAUCUUGUUAAUUGGUCAUUGAUUUACAGCAGGACUAAUAAUUAGUAAAUGGCAGACAUGUUCAUGUCUUAAAAGUAGUAUCAGUUUCUAGUUCUGGACUCGUGGAUUAUGUAUGCCCAUUUAGGCUAGGUGUACGUACAGACUUCAGAGAGCUGUACAAAGACUGAGGCGUUGACUUAGUGUGAACUGUCAGAAAUUGGUAUCCAUAGUCCACUUUUUCUUUAGAUGUCUGGGUGAUUGCUUAUUUUAAGCAUGGUUUACACCCACUGUACUAAAGCCUUCCAGGUUUGAAAUACUGCUUCCUGGAAAAGACUGCUUUAUCUAGAAAAUGACAUUUUUUUGCUCAUGGUAUAUCUAAGAAAUUCACAUUAGCUUAUAUGACACAUGAUCCUUGGAAUAUAGGAUUACUAUGAAAAAAAUUAGGUGCUCUUCUAGUCAGAGGAUAGAACAAGAGGAUGAUACAAUAUUAUAAUUUUUGGCCAGGCUUCAUGUUUCCAUGGAAUGGAAGCCAAGUCAUUACCUUGACUGACUUGCCCUUCUUGUCUUUAUUACUUCCCCACUCUCACUCCAGAUACAUAACAGCAAAAGUGCAAAUAAACUCAGGUCCAGUUAGUUCUUCCCUACCUUUCACGUCCAGGAUACAGUUGAUUUGUUCCCAUCCCUCUCCCCCAUCAUUUUUAUUAUGAUUACAGUGCCCUAGUUAAGGGAAUCCUUACCCACUUUGGGAACAUUUCAGUAGAGGUUGAUGUGGAUGAGAGCUUAAAAAUGGAAUUGCAAGUGAAGGUAGGGACUUAAAACCUCGACCUGGAGCUCUCAGUGCUCAUAAAGUGGCAUUUCCCUGCUUCUGUCCUAGCAUCAAGAAUUCCUGGUUCUGAAUUCCCUGGCAGUCCAGUGGUUAGGACUCCGUGCUUUCACUGCUGAGGGCGAGGGCUCGAUCGCUGGUCGGGGAACUAAGUAAGAUCCCACAAGCCAUGUGGCGUGGCCAAAAAAAAAAAAAAAAAUUUCCUGGUUUUGUCUUUGUUUAGACUUCAGUGUCUCCUUGACACCUACCUUGCCUAUUAUAAUGCUUUAAUUUUGUCAGGUGUAGAAACCCACGUGCAGCUAUAACAGCCAGAUUGCUGUGGAUGUACUUCAGUAUGAGAGCACAUUGUGUGGUGGUCAGGUCAUACCUGAGCUUGGAUUUCAGGUGCUGGGAAGGUCCUCGUGUGGGAACCCAUGUGUAGUCUUUGCUUGUAUUAGAAGGAUGGAGGACCAAAGUCCCAGAUACGUGUCCUGUUUUCAGUUGCUCAGGUGUCCUGUGUGCAAAUUAUGAAUAUAAGACAUUGUUCAGUACUGGUUUUGAUUCGGAUUCAAGGUGAGUUUCUGCUGCUGAAUAAAAAGCGAAAUUUUGGGGUAAGGUCUUUGCCAGGCGUAUGUUGCAGGGAAGGUGUACUUAACUAAGUGUCCUUUUAAAAAAAUUGCUUCAACCAUUAUUAAGUAAAUAUAUGACCCAGUAGUAGGUUGUUUUGAUUGUCAUUCUUUUGUGCUGGUAUACUGCUUGCCUUCUGUUUUGUUGGCAGUUACAUGAGAAAGCAGUUUUGUGAAGUAUACUACCUUGAAAACCUUAGACACUGAGUUUCCAUCAGGGAUGAUCUUUAGUCCACCAGACUCUAGUAGCAUGAUUGGUCUCAGGAAUGCCGUUCUUAUGUAUAGACUGAGGGCCAGGAUUUUGUGCAAAUUCAGUUUAAGGAGAUUAAAGUGAAGAAAAGAAAUUCCUUCUAAUAUCAUUUCCUUUAUUAAAUAUUUUAUGUGAUUAGGAUGAAAUAAUUGGAAGCUACUUAUAAUUUCAACAUCUCCUACCUUCUGGCAUCCAAGGAAAGCACUUCUGAUCUUAUUUUUCUGGAUUUGUAUACCAGUCUACUAGUUCUAUCUUUGAAAUGUAAGAGAAAAAUCCAGCUGCAUUUGUAAUGUACAAAACCAUGCCUCAGUUUUAUGUUCACUUCUUAGGUUCAGUUCAGGGCAUAAUUUCUUCCAGUCCUUCCAGAUUCUGUUAAAGUUAUCCUGUUCAUGGUCCUAUUGUUUACUUCUUGAAAAUUCUGUAUUCCCUAAACCUUGGAGAAGAUGAGAAGGUUUUAAAAUUUUCUAACCAAAAGUAUCUGCCUGAGGAAACAUCCCAAUUUCAGGAUCUUCUAUUUUAUGACUUGGCCUCCUGGGAGAAUUAGAAUCUGGUCUACCAGGAAGACUCUUGUGUUUACAUUUUCUGGCCUCAGUCUCAUGGAAAAAUGAGAAACUUCUUGGCCUCUGUUCUUCUAGGAACAUAAAAUUGGAGCCAAGUAGGAUGAGAACAGAAAACAUGACGGUAAACCACCAAGUUGACCUGGUUGGAUGUCCGAGAUCUGUAAAUCUUAUGGUUUGUAAUACCUAAUUCUUAGUGGCUGGUUUAAGCAGGGUGUGUGUGUGUGUGUGUUACAUAUAUGUGUGUGUGUGUAUUCCCUCCACCCCUUGAAUAUUCAGCCAUCUUAAGGGUUAGAUAGUGUGAUCUCCAUUUUUCACAUGAAAAAACUGAAGCAGAAAGGUACCCGGGACCACACAGCUCAGUAAGGGGCCAAGUCAGGAUCCUAAAGGCAGUCUCAAACUAGAAGCUAUACUUUUGAUCACUGCAUCUGUAGAAAACAGUGUACACUGUAGUGGUAUUAGAGCUAUAAAGUCCCUUUAGACUGAAGGAUACCUGUUUUGAGUGCCUAGUAGGUGCCAGUGCUACCAUGUGUUUGGGGAAUAGAGGGUUAAACUGUAGGACAAAGUUCCAGCUUUCAUAGGGCUUACAUUCUAAUGAGGGAGACAAACUAGCAAAUGCUGUGAAGAGAAACAGCAGGAUAAGGGGACAAAUGUGGCCUUAUAUUUUCGUUAUAGUGCUCAGGCAACGCUGAGACUAAAGUGAGGGAGCGAGCCAUGGCCAUUAACUGGGGGCAGAAGAGCAGGGAUGAGUGCAGAGGUCUUGGAGUGGUUAUAUUAACAUGGCAUUCAAUUCAGCAGGCUUUUAUUUUAUAGGUCGUCUUCAAGCUUUCCUGAAAGAAUUGACAGCAUAUGACAGUUUAAUGCUUACUUUUUUCCCACAGGACUUUUAUCUAGUAAUCUAUCUUGAUGAAGUUGGCUUGAGGUACAUGUUUUUCCCAUUUUAUAGAAGUGAGAAUUAAGAUGUGGACUCGAGCAUACGUAAAGGUGACUCGUUUAACGAAUCUCCGUAUUGUACGCAUCACCCAGUUUCAGCAGUUAUCACCAUUUACCACUCUUGCUUUAUCUCCACCACCCCUUCCCUUUAUUUAUUUAUUUUUUUUGCUGGAGUAUUUUAUAUUUAUCUUAAAAUUUUAAACCUUUAGAAGAGUUACCAGUAUAAGAACCAUUCAGUUAACACCUGUAUGCUUUUCACCUAGAUCACUAAUUUGCCAUAUUGGCUCUUUUUUUAUCAUUUGAGAGCUGCAGGCAUUGUUGACAUGCCUUUCUUAGGAAUAAGGACUUUCUUCCUAACCAUAGCAUGACCAUUACGCUCAGAUUUGACAUCAGUACAAUACAGUUAUAGAAUGUUCAAUUUGUGUUCUAAUUUACCUUGUUAUUCCAGUGUUAUCCUUUAGUUCUUCAGUCCGUUAUUCAGUCAAGGCUCAUGUAUUUGGUGGUUGUUUAGUCUUUUUGAUCUAGAGCAGUUCUCAAGCCUUUGUCAUUAAGGACAGUGUCACUUUGAAGUGUCCAGGCCCUUUGGUCUGGAGAAUCCCUCAAUUUGAAUUUGUCUAGCUGCUUUCUCAUGAUUAGAGAUUAGGUUAAACAUUGUUGGCAGGAAUGUUACAUAGGGAUGUCAGUUUGUCCCACUGUUGGGGAUGUCAAACAAUUAUUUGGUUUAGGUGAUAUCCACCAGAUUGUUCCAUUAUAAAUGUACCUUUUUUCUUUAGUAAUUAUUAAGUGAUUUAUGGAGUGACAAACUUGAUUGAGACUCAAUAUUCUUUUCUCCAGCAGUCUUCCACUGGAUUUAGCAUUUAUUGAUGAUUCAGAAUCAGUUAUUGCUGGAGUACUUUAAAGCAAAUGCAGAUAUAAAAUUUCUCCUAUAAAUAUUUAUCAUGUAUCUAAAAGGUAAGGGCUUAAAAAACAAAAGCAAAAAACCACAGUGCCUUUAUGCUACCUCACUACAAUUCCUUAACAUGUAAUAUCCAUAUUCAGAUGCCCUGAAUUGUCUCAGUUGCUUCUCUACAGUUGAUUUGCUUGAAUCUGAAUCCAGGCAUCCACAGGUUGUAUUUACUUGAUGUUUUUGCAAGUGUUCCUGGGUAUAGCAUUCAUGUCUGCCUUUAGAAAUAAGAUUAAUUCUUGAUGGGUGUAGGUGUUGACAGCUUCAUGCAUCCAUUCUGAAGUUCCCAUCAAACUUUCUUUCACCUAAGGGUUCUAGCAUCCAUUGUAAUCAUUGCCUAGGGACAUUACUUCAUUAGGGAUUACGAAAGGUGAUUCUCAGAUUGCAUCAUUCCUUCUGUAUCAGUGAGCAGAUUUUUUUCUGACCUGUGUUUAUUUCCACUUUUUUAUGUAUACCUUCCUGGGGAGAGUUGUAAAAGGAUACAUUCUUCAUCUUUACAGAGGAUGGUUCUGGACUUCCUUAGUAAUUCUGUAAUAUGUCCUCAAUUUUCUCAUAUGUAAAUUUGGGGGUAAUUAUGCCUACCUCUUGGGGAUUUUGUGAGGAUUAAAUGGUCCGGUACAUGUAGCUUAAAAAUGGUGCCUGGCACUCAUGUUGGGGUAAGCGCUAGUUAUUAAAGUAACUUUUUCAUUUAAUUCUUCAAGUGUAAUGGAGAGGCAGAGAUGGGAGAGGUUCUUCAUGCGUUGACAUCAGCAGGAUGCUUGAAUUUGUAUAGAGUGAGCUGAGGGAAGUGCUGCUUGCCCACACCAGGCUGUCCUUUUUGACUGCAUGGAAACAACCAUAAUACACGAAGCAUAUAUCACUGCACACUGUGAAAUGGAUGUUGACAAUUGAAGAGCUCCAAUUAUAAUAACUUUGAAGAUUCAGAAUUUGUCUCUUUUUCCAGGAGAAAACCCGUCAUAUUCAUUAACUCAAUUUUAGGGUUGGUACAGUAGGCUUCACUAGACUUAGCUGCAACUCAGAAUUUCUCCUCCAGCACCUGAGUAAAUGCUGAUGGUCUUGUGGAGAGUGGAUUAAGAGUACGAGCUAAGUUCUCAAUCCCAAUUAAGAAGCGGAGGAAAAUUUAAACUGUCUCCUUCAAAGUUUAUCACAACCGCCACCAUCAAGACAGCAAACCAAAGGACAAAGACUUUGACCUGCUGUGUUGCUCUGUGUAGUCCAGUUCACGUACGGUUUACAGACUUGGCUGGGGUUACUAAUGAGUAAAUAAAAAGUUGGACACUUCUGUCAUUGGACACUUUUAUUCACAGAGUUACCAAAAUGAGGGCUGUACUGGAGACAGCAGACAUUGCCAUAGUGGCCCUGUAUUUUAUCCUGGUCAUGGGCAUUGGUUUUUUUGCCAUGUGGAAAUCUAAUAGAAGCACUGUAAGUGGAUACUUCCUGGCGGGGCGCUCUAUGACCUGGGUAGCAAUUGGUGCCUCUCUGUUUGUGAGCAAUAUUGGGAGUGAGCACUUCAUUGGGCUGGCAGGAUCUGGAGCUGCAAGUGGAUUUGCAGUGGGCGCAUGGGAAUUCAAUGCCUUACUGCUUUUGCAACUUCUGGGAUGGGUUUUCAUCCCGAUUUACAUCCGGUCAGGGGUAUACACCAUGCCUGAAUACUUGUCCAAGCGAUUUGGUGGCCAUAGGAUUCAGGUCUAUUUUGCAGCGUUGUCUCUGAUUCUCUAUAUCUUCACCAAGCUCUCAGUGGAUCUGUAUUCGGGUGCCCUCUUUAUCCAGGAGUCUUUGGGUUGGAACCUUUAUGUGUCUGUCAUCCUCCUCAUUGGCAUGACUGCUUUGCUGACUGUCACCGGAGGCCUUGUUGCAGUGAUCUACACAGACACUCUACAGGCUCUGCUCAUGAUCGUUGGGGCACUCACACUUAUGAUUAUUAGCAUGAUGGAGAUUGGCGGGUUUGAGGAAGUUAAGAGAAGGUACAUGUUGGCCUCACCCAAUGUCACUUCCAUCUUGUUGACGUACAACCUUUCCAACACAAAUUCUUGUAAUGUCCACCCUAAGAAAGAUGCACUGAAAAUGUUGCGGAAUCCAACAGAUGAAGAUGUUCCUUGGCCUGGAUUCAUUCUUGGGCAGACCCCAGCUUCGGUGUGGUACUGGUGUGCUGACCAAGUCAUCGUGCAGAGGGUCCUAGCGGCUAAAAACAUUGCUCAUGCCAAAGGCUCUACUCUGAUGGCUGGCUUCUUGAAGCUUCUGCCAAUGUUUAUCAUAGUUGUCCCAGGAAUGAUUUCCAGGAUACUGUUUGCUGAUGAUAUAGCUUGCAUCAACCCAGAGCACUGCAUGCAAGUGUGUGGAAGCAGAGCUGGGUGCUCUAAUAUUGCAUACCCACGCCUGGUGAUGAAGCUGGUUCCUGUGGGCCUCCGGGGCUUAAUGAUGGCAGUGAUGAUUGCAGCUCUGAUGAGUGACUUGGACUCUAUCUUUAACAGUGCCAGUACCAUAUUCACCCUCGAUGUGUACAAACUCAUCCGCAAGAGCGCAAGCUCCCGGGAGCUAAUGAUUGUGGGGAGGAUAUUUGUGGCUUUUAUGGUAGUGAUCAGCAUUGCGUGGGUGCCCAUCAUCGUGGAGAUGCAAGGAGGCCAGAUGUACCUUUACAUUCAGGAGGUAGCAGAUUACCUGACGCCCCCAGUUGCAGCCCUAUUCCUUCUGGCAAUUUUCUGGAAGCGCUGCAAUGAACAAGGGGCUUUCUAUGGUGGAAUGGCUGGCUUUGUUCUUGGAGCAGUCCGUUUGACACUGGCCUUUGCCUACCGUGCCCCAGAAUGUGACCAACCUGAUAACAGGCCAGGCUUCAUCAAAGACAUCCAUUACAUGUACGUGGCCACAGCGUUGUUUUGGGUCACAGGACUCAUUACUGUAAUUGUUAGCCUUCUCACGCCACCUCCUACGAAGGAACAGAUUCGUACCACCACCUUUUGGUCUAAGAAGAGCCUGGUGGUAAAGGAGAGCUGCUCCCCAAAAGAAGAACCGUACAAAAUGCAAGAGAAGAGCAUCCUGAGAUGCAGUGAGAAUAGUGAGGCCAUCAACCACGUCAUUCCCAAUGGGAAAUCUGAAGAUAGCAUUAAGGGCCUGCAGCCUGAAGAUGUUAAUCUGUUGGUGACCUGCAGAGAGGAGGGCAACCCAGUGGCUUCUUUAGGUCAUUCAGAGGCAGAAACACCUGUAGAUGCUUAUUCCAAUGGGCAAGCAGCUCUCAUGGGUGAGAAAGAGAGAAAGAAGGAAACAGAGGAUGGAGGCCGGUACUGGAAGUUCAUAGAUUGGUUCUGUGGCUUUAAAAGUAAGAGCCUCAGCAAGAGGAGUCUCAGAGACCUGAUGGAGGAGGAGGCUGUUUGUUUACAAAUGUUGGAAGAAACUCCACAAGUAAAACUAAUACUAAAUAUUGGACUUUUUGCUGUGUGUUCACUUGGAAUUUUCAUGUUUGUUUAUUUCUCCUUAUGAACUUUUAAGGAUAUGAUGAGACACUAACUUAAGAAAAUACUGGUCUUUGAAAAAAACAAAAAAACAAAAAACAAAACACUUAUGUAACUGUUGCAUCUCUCAGGCAUUGUUUACGCUGUAGGUUUUAGCCAAAUUUUACUUAGCAGAAAAAUCAUCUAUUUGCAAGACUUUAUUUUCCCAGAGAUGGAUGAAAGUAAAAUUUCAAUCUAAAUGAAGUAAAACUUGUUUAACAGACUGAAUUGUGCAAAUGUGGUUUAAAAUUUUCCAUACCAAAGUAAGGAGAGACCAAUUAUUCUCAUAGAGCACUUAGAGCAGAAUAUAUGCUAAGAUAUCACGAAUAAGAUAUACUGUCUGCACUGCCAAAUCUUGGUAGGCCUUCUUACCCUGAAGUAGAAGACUUGCUCAUUUUAAAGUUUUUUCUCUCUCUGUAAUCCCUACUUCCAUUUUAAAAAACUGAAUUUGUAGACAUUGUAUAAUCAAUUAUGUACUGAAAAUCGCUAACAUGUGCUUGUUUCAGGGCAAGUUCGUUUGCCAGGUUCGUUUUGUUAGCAUGAGCCUAUGGAUUCUGAAUGCUGAAAGAAAGGAAGAAGAAUGUUUUCCUGUAGCUAUUCUUGUACCACCAGUAUAUGGAAUGUUGGGAAAAAGUUUGUUCCAGUUGUUUUUUUCUUUUUUUCCUACUUUGAAGUUUAAGUGAACCAUACUCAAACGACCACCAAGUCUGUCUUUAUAAAGUUGUAUGUCAUGAUUAUAUUGUACAUGAUUAUGGGGGAGAAAAUGAAGUAAACAUUGCUGAUGAUCCCCAGAUUUACUGACCAGAUUAAGAUCAUUUAUAUAGUUUGGAAAUUAGCAUCCCCUAAGCAGCAUUUGAUCGACUAAGCUGAACAGGUGAUAGUCUAAUACUAAAUAUUGGACUUUUUGCCGUGUGUUCACUUGGAAUUUUCAUGUUUUCAUACUUCAUUAAUUCUCUAGCUUUGUUCUUGUCAUUUGGUAAUAUUCUUUAUUAGCCAGGUACCUUCCCAAGUGGAUCCAUUUGGAAGAUAUGUCCGGAAAUUUGAAGAAGAAUUAACUCUGCCUUUGUGCUGGGUUGCCCUACUUGAUUAGAUCGUGAGAUAUUGCAGUUGAGUUUUUAGAGUGAAAAUUUAAUUCUCAGAUCAUAUUGUAUCCUUGAUAAGUCUUUUUUCCCCUAUUUACUUUUUUUUCAAAAGACUUGCCAUGUGUACACAGCCUCUACAUUUUUGUUUAAAAAGUUAACAGUGACUUAGAGUGUGAUGAUAUUUUGAUGCAAACUGACCAUCAGUAACAGAAAACUCAAGAGUGCAUGCUUUGCCAUUGGUGGAUUGUCAGUAUAGUUUUUCUGUAGAAUGGAUAGCAUGUUCAAGAGGUGCCAUGAACAAGAACUUCUACGGGUUUCGUAGUGUGUCUUGUAGAGGAGAUUACAGGACUUGAGUUAAUUGUAGGACCCUCUAUCUUGACCUGGCUUCGUACCCAGUUACAGCCUUCCUGGAAGAGAAUCCAUUUUUCACAGGGUGAUUCCCUUCAUGAGGACAGGGUACAAAAGACGUUUGAGAAGAGCUCUACAGAUUAGGUAGUUCUUUGUGUGUCCUGUCCUUUUUCCUCCAUGACAGAUGAAGGAAACUAAUUGUGUAUGUACUUUGACUUUUCUGUAAUCUGAUAUUUUUUAAAUUGCAUGAUUUUAUUAACCUUUAUUCUUCAGGGGAAAAUUAUUACUUUUUUAGAUAUUUUUGUAGAUUUUGAAUCAAAACUCAGUCCUAAUGACUUUAAAUUUUUUUGUAUUUAUAAACUAGUUUCAUUAUGAUGGAUUUGAUUAGUUCAAAGUUGAUUUUAGAAAUUGUCAGGUAGCAUAAUGUCUUCCCAUCUCCAGGGGGCUUUCUGAAGGACUGAGUCUGUAGAUGAAAAAAAUAAUUCAUGUACGAAUAGUAUGAUUUCUGAGAGCUUAUUAGAGUGCCUUGUGGAAUUUUGUUCUCAAUUUCAUUCUUAAAGUUUAUAAGCUGGGGGCCAAAUAAAAAUAAGGACCAUCCUUUUCUUGUGUGGAGGCUGAGGCUGUGACAUGUCCAAGGUUACAAAGUCUGUUGGGAAGAACAGAAAACCAGGUGUCCAAAUCUGGAUUCAUGGUUUGUCCUCUUCUUUUUUCAGAGGAACUGUUCUUCGAGACAGCCUUUUGAUAUUUGGGGAAAUAACAAGAUCUUAGAUUUUUCAAAUUGACAUUAAGUUGUAGGAAUUAAAAUUUUUCUUUGACUCUGAACACCUUGCUGUGUAACUCAGCAGUGAGGAUUGACAUAUUGGCUGAGCAGCCUUCUUACCCCUUCUAUUAAAAGCAUAAAUGAAUAGGUGGUAUUUAAGUGGAUUUUUCCCCCCUUUAUUUAAUGUUGACUCCUAAUAGUUUGGGAUAUUAGCAUCCCCCUACCUUCUCUCUGCUGUUGUCUUAGUAUGAUACAUAAAAUACAUCAUCUUGUGUCUGUUCAUGUGUAUAUAGCAGUAGGUCAAGUUUAGAGUACUAAUGUUUGUAAAUAAGGAAUGAUUAUUAGCAUAUCCAUUAGGAUUGUUUAUUCUUGCCAGUAUAAACAUUUUAUUUAGACUGAAGUCCCUGAAGCUUGCCCUUCUUAUUGCUUCCCAGUAAUAGAUAAUGUGCUUGAAUAAGUAUGUGAAUUCCUGAUUGCAACUUCAUUUCAGGGGACCAUUCUUCAGUCUGUAUUUCAUUAGAGAAUGAUUGUUCAUGGAAUGGUACAUGGUCUGUCUUAAAGCUAGCAAAAUAGUCAUACUUUAUACUAACUAAAUGGGUCCUAAAUGAUGACAUUGAUACCUAGACAUUAACAUGUAUAUGUUUUCAUAUUGGCUCAAGCUGAGGUUCAGAAUUGGCUAAGAGUGAUUGACUACAGUAGUUAGCUACGAGUCAGAAUGAAGCGAGGACACGUGUUCAAAGGUGGAGAAAAAUACUGUCUUAUCUGCUGUUAAUGGUAUCUCCAGUUCUUAGAUUUUUGUCCUCUCAGGCAAUCUUAGUCUCCAGAUCUGAUGAGAAGAGCUUAUUACCCUGACAUGCAGAAUGAUUAUUGGUUCCUUUGUGGUACCUCUAAUUUCCCUGUUCAUCUCAGAAUAUUUUGUCCUCCCACCCAAGACAGUAAGCGGCUUUUGAAACAGCUGAGCCAGCCUUUUCCCCCAGCCUUUCUUUCCUGGUGAGGUUAUCACUCUUAUCUUUUGGUUAGAGAAGCAUCAAGCAGUAGCAAUGGUGCUGUGUCCUUUGGCCUAAAUCCAGCAAAUCUGAUCUCCCAAGACUUCUUUUUCACUUGGCUCAAAGGAUCCAUUGUCUGUUUGCACAAAGAGGCUGGCCUGGGUCACAAAGCCCUAGCUCUUGGGGAUGGCAAGUCAAGUAAUUAGUGGGGGCCCAUCACUUCAUGAAACUUCACAUUUUAAGAAUUGAGUGAGAAGGUUGUUACUCAGUUCUCUAACCUGAGGCUAAGUGGGGGCUUGAAAGUCUUGUCCAGGGUGAUUAGAACCUUUAAGCCUCUACAUUUCUCAGUCCAUUGCUGUCUUCUCUAUAUUGGGUGUGUGGAUCUUCCCCUCUCUUUAGAUAUCAUUUAAUGUAGCUUAUGGGUUAUUCUCAUUCUUUACCACCCUAUAGAGCUGCUAUAUUAUUAGCUAUUAAAAGGUUAGACCCAUCAAUGUUCCCACUUGGCAGUAUUCAGCUUACUUGCUUUUCUUAUACUUUACUCCCAUAUGUCAUUUUCAUCUGAGGUAUGAUGGCUGAAAAUGACCACAUGGGUAUCUAGUAGUGACACCUCAGCAUUUCCUGAGUUUGGGUUGAGAGAUGUAUAAAGACCAUUGUUGUUAAAUUACGUGAGUACGGAGACUUGCCAGGACAAAAUUUUCUUAAGUCAGAAACACUAUUAAGUGAGAUGCUGAGAAGUACCUGGGUGAUGCAGACUUAACAGAAGACAAAAUUAGCUUAAAAUGUGUUAGAUGUAGAAUCAUAUUCAUUGAACUCUAGAACUUGAGGUAUCUUUGCUAUCAGCUAGUUUAAACCCCUCCACAUAUAGAUUAGGGUACAGUGAAUAAGAUCAAGCUUGUUAAACCCUGGUUUGAUGUUAAAUAUCGUAAAGUAUGAGUUUAUUAACAUAUUUGAGGUUAAAAUGACUGAUAUUUCAUAAUGAUACUUUAGUAGAAAAAAAUGCUUUUAGGUUUCAGUAUUCAUAAGAUUUAUCAUUAGCCAGGUGUUAAAUUGUUUAAGUCAUUUGAAUGUUGACAUUAGCCUGAGCAGACUUUACAAAUGGGAUAUAUUCCUAUUUGUGUGUAUGCCUACCUACCAUUCAGAGAGACUGGUUUCCCCCUUUGUCUUCCCUCACAUUGCUUUAAUUAUUCACCUAUUCUUUCAACACUUAACAGAUUCCUAUUUUGAUCUUUUGUCAGCUUAAUUCGCUUUGUUUCAGGCUUAUUGUCAUGGUGUGCAGAAGUCCUCCUUUGCCCCAUAUUUGAAGGUCUGGAUCCAAAUAGUGAUUCACUAAAUAUAGUUGUGUUUAAAUAUACUAAAUUUCUAUUAGCUUAAACUGUUCUCAAGAAUUGUUUUCUUAGACUUUGUGUUCACUAAUAAUAAAAGCCCUUAAUAAUUCAUCAGUAUUUUAUUCUUGAAACUCAUUUUUCAAAAAUUAGGAGGCAAGAAUAGUUAAAUUCACACCAGUCCCUUUGAAAUGAUGGUGUCACAACGUAGAGAGGAAUGGAGUUUGUUUUGAUGCCGAAAAGCCUUGUUCUUGCAGUAAUUAAAGCUAAAAAGUUGGAACUAGUCAGUUGGCAUAUAGAGAAACCCUUUUGUACUAGUUAGGUAUGAAGCUGGAUUACAAAAGAAGUAAUCUUUUGAUCACUACAUUUGGCUUUCUUGGUUGACUUAACUCAGGGCUGCAAACCCCUUUUCCUCCAUUAAGCUAACUUCUCUUAAUUUGGUAUGCUUUUUGUCAAACUCUCACCUCUGUUGGAAGAGUAGAUAGAUACUCAACUACUUUGACUCCAGAACAGAAUUUAGCUAAGGUUCAAAAUAAUUGAUGGGCUUUGCCAGCACUGAGUCCCACACCAUUAUUCACGUUGUCAUAUAAAUGUUUUUAUUUAAACUUCUUUCCAGUGCUGGGAAUAAGGCUUUAAACUACUGAUUCACCUUUAAAGGAAUGUUAAGAGAAUUGAUAUAAUUUAUGUUUGUUUCCAUCUCAAAUCCUUUAUAAAGGUAGGAUUUGGCUUAUUGUUUUGGGUUAAGCACCCCAUUUAUCUGAUAACCAACAGGCUUAACCAUUGGCAUAUAGUCUUUUACUCAGAAGUAAACAGAAAAGGUUUGAUGUAUCUGUAUCAUUACUCAUCUCGUGCACUUUACUUUUUCGGGGAGAACCAUAAUCUGAGACUUGACUUAAACCAAUAACCUUAAUUUAUGUAAUGACUUUUAAAAGUUUGGUUUGGUUACCUGGAUACAUAGUGUGUUUGCAGAGAGGGAUGCUAGAAUAAAUAAGUCAAGACAAAGCACAGUGGUCUCAGAUUCUUGUUAGUGUAGGAGCAGUGCUUUGCUCUCCUCAGAGAAGCACUGUAUUAUAAUUGUUGCCCAGGAUAAUGGAGCCCCCCACCCCAGUUCAAGACAGUUUACAGUAAGUGAACUCUGUCAUUGAGGGAAAUACAUUUUCCAGUGAUUUCGGCAACAGCACAAGUUGACAGUAGAUAACCACACCUUUGUUGGAGACUUAUAUUGGAAAUUCACCUUGUACCCUAGUGCUGCUGGAUAAAGGAGUGUUUACUUUUUUUAUUGCCUCUGGACAAACUACUCUGGAUAAUUUUCCAAUAUAUCAGUGUAGCCUAUACCUCUGUAAGUGGAAUGUUCCUUAAUAACUCACUUUUUUGUUACACUAGUUGGAAACUGAAAUUAAGCUCAUUGCUAUCUAUAUUAUUGAAACCCCCAACUGGCAAAGGCCAUUCUGUAGGGUAUAUUCCAUAAUAUAAUCAUCUUCUGAAAUUUAUGUUUUGAUUAGUGCCUUCUGGCUGCCAAUACUGAAUCUGCUAGUUCACACCUUUCCCUUUCUUGAUAGAUAACUCUUAUUUGUUACAGUUCCUCUUUUUAAAUAUCGUUAUAGCUAGUGAAGAAAAUACAUUUAUAUUUACAUACUUUAUAUGCAGCCUCUGUUUAAGUUCAAGGAACCAGGUAAGUCUGGUUUGUGUUGCAGCUUAAAUGUUAUUUAUUCAUCUGUAUUUGUUUCUUUUAUAUCCUUAAUUAAAAAUUUAAGGUUACUUAGUCUGUGAGUAUAUUUUAACUUUAUCAUUUUCCAGUGUAGGUUGGAUAGGCAUAUCUGAGAACAUAUAUGUGACAACCGUUUCACAUUCCACGAUAAGGAAAAAGCUGAAAGUAAGUGUCCAUAGAAAGCACAAAACCAUGUUCCCUCAUAUUUGUAACUCCAUAUGUAGAAAGCACAAGACUAACAGUAUUCUCAUUGUCCCACAAGUGCCAGGCAUAAAAAGCCCACCAUGGGUUUGUCUCGAGUUGUCAGGAUGAGGACCGCAGUACUGAAAGCCCUAGACAGUGAGGUACCUAAGAUAGGGGUCCUAAAUCAUAAGGGAUUCAGUGUUCUAAUCUGAGCACGUUUGUACUGCUUUGGUGGAGGAGAGAAUACCAAUGUCAAGAAUGCUGCAAUUGUAUUGGGGGGUUACUAGCUAAAAUGGGGUCUGUGGGCUCUUUCCUACAAUCUGGAACUUGAGAAACAGGGACAGACUUCUAGGUUUUUGGUGGGUGGAACAUUUUGACAAACUUCUGCUUUAAGCUGUAGAGCCAUUGGAUUUUUUUUUUUUUAAUCAUAAAUCUUUAGGAAAUUUUACCUCCCGUCAAUAGUACCUUGAAAACAUGGAGAAAUCUCACAUUUUAAUAGGGCAAAUACUAAUCUUUAAUCUUUGCGUAAAUUUAAUCUAAACUUAAUGAAGUUAUUUUUUCAUAUGCUUCACUGCACUUCAUUUUAAUAGAGCAGGAUUUGAUCCAAGUGUUACGAGCAUCAAACUAACUGAGACAGAUCUGCCAAAUGAAGUGCUUUGCUUUUCACAAUGGUUGUAAGAGUCUAAAGGAUUCUUUUGCCUGUCUCAUUACCCGCUUCAAGACUAGAUUAGAUGAAAUCUGUGAAUAUGCAUGCAAAAGAAGAAAAUAAUGUGUUUUCUUGAACUCGACAUUAUCCUUAUUUUACUCCUCACUUUCUACACCUGAAUAGUCCCUGUUUGUAAACAAUGAAUAAAUACAUUUGUGUCUUGGAUUUUGCCUGUAUGUCAAAAGAUGGAAGGACUCUCAGGAUGGAGAGAAGUGACUAGCUUUGUUCCCACUCUCCUCUAUUUUGUAUGUUUAUCUUCUUAGGGAUAAUCAUCUUUAAUAAUAUAUGGAAUGAAGAUUAAAGCUGGUAUAGACUAAUGGAACAUGUUUUAGAAGAAUUAACCUGAGCACUUUGAGGGAGAGACUUACGCCCUCUAGCCAAAAGUCGCCAGGUUGUGGACCUGCAGCAUUUUUUGAGAAUGUAAAACCUCAGGCUUCGGUGGGGUUACUGGAGAGGAGUACCAGAAAUGCAGGAGAAAGGAGAGGUUUGAGGAACAUCUUUGGCUUAGCAAUAUGUGAUAAGGCAAAGCAGUAAUAACCUGUUAGUCCUGUGUAGAAUGUGUUCUGUAUCUUUAAAUUUUGUUUUUAAAUUUAAAAUAGUUUUUAAGAACUUAAAGGAUGCUUUUGAAGAUUCCUUUGGCAGAAUAUCUUUCAUCUGUAAUUCCAUGGAAAAUUGCUUUAAUUAGGUGAAAGUGUUCCUAGCGGUGUAAAUAUGUAUAAAUAGAAUUUUCUAAUUUCACUGUGAGAUCUCUAACUUUUGAGUGGCAAACAGAUCAACAGGUCUUUUGCUCAUGGACUUUUCUGUGGGGUUGUUAAAAUGCAAAAGCUUUAUUUUUUAAAUAAUGACAUAUUACAUUAGUGUCAGAUGAUGGUAUGGAAUCUGUUGCCCUGCUUUCCCCCACCAAUAAUGCUUCAGUUUAUAGAUUGCCAACAGAGUUCCAAAAUAAAGCGAGGAUUUACCCAUUCUUUGCUUGGACAUCCCAUUUUCUGUUGCCUGGACCUAUGUUGGCAAUCACAUAUGAACUAUGUUAUGCUUCUCAGUGCUUCUUCUUCUCCUUUUUUUUUUUUUUUUUGAUAAGGUGGAUAUCAAAAAUAGUUGCUGUGCAAAAGUUAGUAGUCUUCUUCAAGAAGAAAACCAAUUCCUUUUCUAAUAUCCUGUGAAAUUGCUUCAUUCAUUCCUUUAUUUUUAAGCCAAAUGUCAGCAGAGUACUGCUGCUUUUAUCUAGUAAUUUUGAUAUGUAAGUAUUAAUGCAUUUUUAAAAGAUGUCUACAUUGAAAAAUGUUUUUCCCAGUGUCCUGCCUCUUAAGCUUUGUUCAAAUGUUCUGUGAGAGACCAGUCUGUGCACUGGGGUUGUGUAUUGUAUACAUGGAUUGUUUUGUCAGUUAUGCAUUGUAGACCAAAUGUGAUUUUAAAUGAAGUUGUUGGGUUAUUGGUGAGUUUUUUGAAUUGUAAACUGAUUUCCAGGGUACCUUCAUUGUCCACAGCAUUUUUUUUUUUUUUAAGGCUUGACUGAUCAGGUCCAUCUCACUGUACAAUGUUUUAGUUGCAAGCAGAAAGUAGAAUUUGAUAUAAACCAGGUUACUUCCAUAUUGAAAGGAAUACAAUUAAAAUUGUAGAUUUAGGAUUGUUAACCAUACAUGACAAUUCUAACUUGACUUAUUCUAACCUAUUGUAUACAAUCUUAUUUUUUAAAUUGUAGACAUGUAUGAUCUUGGUUUAAUGUGUUUUUAAAAGUGUUAACUGUUUAAAAAUGAAAAAAUGAAGCAAAUCUGCUAAAGAGCUGUCAGUUUUCAUUACUGACUCUGUAAAAUACACUGUUCUUUGUGUACUAUGUGUUAUUUUGCCAGCUGCUGCAUUAGCCUUUAAAAGUAUUUGGAAACUUAAGAUGAACUACAUUUCUUGCAAAGUAUAUUCCUUUCUGUGGUAUUUUGUCCUGUAACUGAAGUAUAGUAAUUAUUUUAUGGAAAUGUUAGCACUUCUGUACCAACUUUGAAUAAAAUGAAAAAUUUA